CUAUUCCUCGGUCGUGAUUAACUAUGGCGGACGAACUGGCCGUGCAUAAAUAGGAGUUUAUAUGAACGUAGGAAACACUUUAGUUGUCCCAAGAGUGCAUUUUCUCGCUGAAUAAUGAAGUCAAGUUUGAAAGGGAUCUAUUCCAAGCUAAAAGACUCCACAGUUGUUUGGGAUGAGAAGUUGUUACUAGCAAAGAAUGCUUGGGAUUCUGUUGACUGUGUGAUUCCAAACAAACAGAAAGUUCUUCUUGACUGGACUGUGCAAGAAAUUCUUAACGGAUACAAAAAAGGAGUACAAGAAGGCAAUAAUGAUGUGUUAAAUGGUUUGUGGGAAUUGCUGCUUCAUGCUUUAAAGAGCAAAGACCUUUUUGCUGAAUCAAAACAUUCCAUUACCCUCAAACCACAACUUAUACAGGUAUUUGCAGACAUAUUUUUAUGUACAGAUCCUGUUCACAAUGGAAGCUCUAUCAAUAUCAUCAUUGAGUGUUGUUAUGCUGUUAUGUCUACUCCUCAACUUGCAGCCUCUGUGCUGGCCAAAUUUGAAAGUUAUGUGUCUUUCUUGUCAGCAUUACUAUCCUUUUUUGUACCAAUAUGUCUGGAGCAAUCCAAAGAGCUUCAUUUGUUGGUACAAGUCUGCUUAGAAAAGUAUCUCUUUAUUCAAAGACAGCAAGCCAAUCAACGGAAGGUUUUUACAUCCAUGUGCCAACAACUUCUUGAGCCAUUAGUCAUCUUGCAUCAUAUGUUUGAGGACACUGUGGAGCUCAGGAAUUCCAUUACGGAUCAACGUGAAGAUCAGUCAGAGAACUGGCAUGUAAGAAAGACCCAAGGUAUCACUAAUUUGGUGGAGUUAGCAUUAGCAAGAUCUCUCUUUCACAAGGAUCACAUGUCAGAGUAUCCACAGGCCUUAAAGGUACAAGAGGAAAAAAUAAUUAAUUCUGAUGAGCCUGCCAGCAAGAAACCAAGAAUUUACAGCUAUCCAAGGCUUCUUUUUGAGAAGUUGUGGGAAAUGNUACGCACAAAACAACAUUCAUCCACAUCAGCAAUGGAGUUUGACUUUUUCAGUGAAAUCUGUCAGCUGAUGAGUGUACUAAAUGGCAGGUGCAGACAUGUUAUGUCUUCUAUCAUUACUUUGCUCCAUCAGUUGCUGGAAUGCAUUCUCAAUUAUGACAUUUACCAGGAGUGCAGUAGAACCCUGUUGAUCNUCAAGUGCCUUGAUGUUCUUUUGAAACUCAAUCAUUCCUUGCUUGAGCCACACUUAGAGGUGAUAUGGACAAUGCUUUGGAAAACAAGAGGCGCAACUCCUGCUGCGCAAAAAUCCUUGAUGUCUUCUCUCAUCUCCACUUAUGUUCAGUUACGACAGUUUGAGAAACUUGUCUCGGCAGUCUUGGUCUCCAUGAGAGCUCUGGACGUUUCCAAAUCUGGUUUGAAACCAUUCUUCAACCAAAAAUUCAGUAAAGCCAUCCAGGGACUUCCCUUUGGUCAAAUCACCAGCAUUUGGAACAUCUUCUGUGGCGAAAUCGUGAAAAACUACAUAACAAAGAUAUCGUCUUUAACAGAAGCAGCUUUAGUUAAGAAAAAGAAAAAAUGUUCGUCUCAGCUAGAGGCCUUGCUGAGAAGUCUGGAAUAUGUUUCCCCUGUCUUCAGUGCGUUUCUUCUUAAUAUAAGCUUUGGAGGAAUUGGAGAACAUGCUAAGAGAAGAUCCUCCAUGUCGUCUAUAGGAACGUUACUGCUUCGGACAGUCACAGAUGUUGUUGAUCCUUUGUUCGAGACAUCGCUAAAAGUAGCGCACGAAACAGAACAAGAAUCAGCCUGCUUCUCUAUCUUGAUAUUGCAACACGCCUUAGGAGAGUUAGAAUUGUUUCUGAAGAAGUUUAAUAUUGUCGAAGACGACAGCGAAACAACCAAGAUAUUACCAUCAAUUAUGUGGAUUGAGGAGAUAAGCGACUUUGUUCCUGCAAAGGCAAACGAGAAGUUGAUCUCUGUUCUUAGUAAAGACAGAGGAAGGCUUUGCUACCUCAAGGUAUGUGAGAAAUAAUUUCGUUAAUUUACCGCAUUAUAGCUGACUAUGGCGAUGCACCCUAUUGCUAGCGUGCGACUGCUAUUUCCUAUUACUUUUUAUUUUCCAUGUCAAUGAAGUUUAGAGGGACAAUUUGCCUGCAAUUCUUA